GCAGCGGUCGGGGCUGUUCCCCGAGGCCCCGCGCUCCCGGGAGGGGGCGGUCGCGAGCGCCUGGGUGCCGGGCGCGCGCGGCAGGUGACGUCACCGUUUGGAAGGCGGACCCGGCCAGCGAGCGGCUGCCGCGCUGGUUUGCAGCCAUGUCUCGGUCCCUGGCUCUGUUCGCGCUGCGCCGCACUCCGCUGGGCAGCGGCAGCUAUGGCAGCAGCGCGGCCGCGGCCCGGGCUCUCGCUGCCGCCGCCGGCACCUUCCGUUGCUUCUCGGGCACGGCCGCACGGGCCAAUGGCUUGCGCAGGGGGUUCCUGGUGGGCACCGCUGCAUUGGUCGGGGCGACGGUCGCCGGCUUUGGGCUCAGUCGCAACAGGGCUCUGAUGGCUUCAAAAAGCCCGGUCAACCGAGACCAGCAAGCGUUGAAUGAAAUGUUGCAGAAAUGCAGUCACUUCAUGUCAGAUCCGGUGACCGAUAUCAACAAACUGCUGGAGAACAAGGAUGAAAUUAGGACCAAGAUGGAAUUGCUGAUCAUGGAGGUCCAGGCUGAUGUUUGCAAAGCCUUGGCUGAAGUCGACGGUGGUCAGGCAUUCAAAGUAGACCGAUGGCACCGCGAAGAAGGUGGUGGUGGUAUAAGCUGUGUGCUUCAAGAUGGGAAAGUCUUCGAGAAAGCCGGGGUCAAUGUUUCUGUGGUAUUUGGCAAUCUUUCAGAAGAAGCUACAAAGCAGAUGAGGAGCAGAGGAAAAGUACUGAAGUCAAAAGAUGGGAAGCUGCCAUUUUGUGCCAUGGGAGUGAGCUCUGUGAUCCAUCCCAAGAAUCCUCACGUUCCAACCAUCCAUUUCAACUAUCGAUAUUUUGAAAUUGAAGAAGGAGAUGGUCAAAAAACAUGGUGGUUUGGUGGAGGGACAGACCUUACCCCUACUUACCUGAAUAAAGAUGAUGCUGUUCAUUUUCACAAAACCCUCAAGGAGGCCUGUGACAAACAUGAUAAAAGUUAUUAUCCAGCUUUUAAAAAAUGGUGCGAUAAUUAUUUUGUCAUCAAGCAUCGUGGAGAGCGGAGAGGAGUAGGUGGCAUAUUUUUUGAUGACUUGAAUUCUCCCUCAGCAGAUGAGCUCUUAAAAUUUGUACGUAGCUGUGCUCAGGCAGUAGUUCCUUGUUACAUUCCCAUUGUGAAGAAGCACCUCCAUGACUCUUUUACACCAGAGGAGAAAGCAUGGCAGCAACUCCGCAGAGGCAGAUAUGUAGAAUUCAACCUUGUUUAUGACCGAGGAACAAAGUUUGGUCUGGCAACUCCAGGGUCCAGGAUAGAAAGCAUUCUGAUGUCUCUUCCACUGACAGCGAGAUGGGAAUAUAUGCAUAAUCCUGCCAAAGGCACCAAAGAGGCAGAAAUACUAGAGAUAUUGAAAAACCCCAAAGACUGGGUCCAUUAAUGUGGAUAAACAAGGGUAAAUGUGAAAACUGAAGACUGAACUUCUCUUUCUUUCUUUGUCAAAUAUUAACAAAAUGCAAUUGCUUUUUUCGUCCAAAGACAAAGUGCUGCAAUUAUUUUUAAGAGGAUUGAAUUCUUUUGAAACUGUGUUUAAAUGCACUUAGCAUAAAUAUGUAUUGCCUUUUUUUAAUUCCAAACUCUCCAUCUCAACCCUGAGUUGAUUGGAGGUGCAGAGUAAACAGUUUCUGAAGACUGAACUGAUGUCAAAAUUUCAAUGUACUUCAUGCUGCAUGGAGAGAAUUGGAAAACAAGAGCCAUAUCUCAAAGUUAGUCCAAGCAAAGUAUAAAUUUUGCCUUGAUUUAAAAUGAAUUGUUUAGCCUUUCAAGAAUUGUUGCAUGUUUUCUAAGUCUUAUGCAUUUUUUUAUGUAACUGGUCAAUUUUAUUAUAAUGGGAAUAAAUGAAAAAAUCAAUGGAAUGUGACUACUUUUAAUGUGCUGUUAAUAAUUAUCCCUUGAUAAUUAACGGGAUAUAAUAAUCAUUUUUCCAAAGUUGAAACUGCUGUUUAUAUUUACAAACAUUUAGAAAAAAAUUAUGUGCAGAAAUAAAUAUAUGAUAGAGAUUCAAAGUUUUUAUACCUUGGAAUUGAUGAAAGGACAUCAUUUAUCCAGGAAAAAAACAUUACAAUGGACAAGUUCACAAAUCACUUUUUCUAUUCCCAUGCACCUUUUUUUUUGUUACUUCUGUAACAUUUCAGAACUGUUGAUAUUCCCUUUUGGUGUUGGGAUUUUUAAAUGGUAUAUGCAUUGAAAUGAUAAUUGUUUCAAUAAUAUGAGAUUUAAUAUGACAGUUUGAUAUUAAAUUGCAUGUUAUUCACUGAAUACAAUAAACAGCCACUCUGGUUUCCUAUA